UUAUUGUAUUUCUUGAUCCUCCUUAUCAGUCCCUUAUUUCUAUCAUUCCUUCAAUUCUGGUUUUCCCUUCGCUCACUGGUAGAAGAAGAUACAUCCCUCAUCGUUCAUCACCCAAUUCCACCCCCAAACCAAUCAUCAUCAUCAUCAUCAAAUCGCUUACUACCUCCAGAUCUCUAUUAUCAAUGUUUAUGAUCAAUAAUUCAUUUCAGUUUUGAUUGCAACUCAGGGCCAUCAAAUGGAAUCUGAAGAAGUUUUGAAGGCUGUUUUCCCUUUACUGGAGGGUGUUGAUCUUGCUUCUUGUAUGGCUGUAUGUAAGCAGUGGAAUGACAUAGCUAAAGACGAUUUCUUUUGGAAAUGUAUGUGUGCCAAUAGAUGGCCGUCAAUCUGCAAGCGACCUAAUCCUCUGACUGAAACCUACUACAAGUUAUAUAAAACCUUCCAUAAACGCCAGCAACGUAGAACUCUUCUCCCUCCGAGAAUUUCCUUUGAUGAUUUGGAGUUUUUCAUUGACAUUUGGGCUGAAGAUAUUCUUCUCUUCUCGGAAGCGGUGUCUGGCUCUGUCCUGCAAUCAGGUUUUAGAAGUCCAGCUUCUGGAGUUUGUGACUUGCUCAAAUAUCACCUUGAGAGUUCUGAAUACAAGAUGACUUUUCCGGUUGAACCUAGGUUUACUAUCCCUUCAGGACAAAAUCAGAAUGUUAGUGUCUCUGUGAUGGUUGGGCGGAAGGAUACAAAUAAGGUUGCAUGCAUCAUAAACAAGUCCAUGUUCGAUUAUAUUGAACGGUCAUCAUAUAGAGCGUUGGCAUAUGAUUACCUAGACAUAUCCCCUGGCUACCCCUUUUUGCCCGGCAUCCGGGCAUGGAUAUCUUUGCUAUUCAUGGAAGAAGGAAGUGAAGAUCUUAUGGAUGUAUUUGGGAUCCAAAUGGAUUUCUGUGAUGUGGCAAAUUCUAAGGAAGAAGUCUUGUGGCUAUUGGACAUGCUAGAUUGGAAGUGAAUGUUAAAAGUUUGAUGUCCUAGCAUUUCGUCAAAAAUAGUUGGAAAUUGUGGUUUUAUGUUAAUUUGUUAUUUAUAUAUUGUUAUGGGUACAUCAUAAAUUUACAAGGUUUUGUCAUCUUACUAUCAGCACGAAUUUGUACGUGUCAAAAAAAUAAAAUAAUACUCAAAUGUUUAGGUAUGUAAAUACUUUAUUUUUUCAUGGUCACCAAUAAAUACUUCUGUUUUUUGCA